UUCUAUGUAAAAUUAUAUCGCCCCUGUUCAAGAGUGCAAGAGCAAGGAACUUUCCACGUCCAAAAUACUUUUAUAUCGACUAAAUAGCAAGUAAUAAUUUAAAAACCUGCAGCAAUUAUAAAAUUAUAAAGGCUGGUACAAUCCAAAUACCUAUUGUUUUAAAUUCAUGCAUUCGCAUCCAAUUUUGCUUCGAUCCAUAUAGGAAGAACGCAACAAAGUAAAGGGUUAAAAUAUUGUCCAAGUUCAUCAAAUUUUGGUGUAUUUCUCUUCUUGUUGAAGGCUUUAUAUGACCACCUUUAGGCAUGAGAUAACACCACGAAGACAUCUCCGGACUGUAAUCCUUCUGUUCUCACUUUCUGAACUCUCUAACCUCGGACUACCUUUGUUUAUCCUAACUAUUGUCACUUUAGCUUCAUUCUUCUGCUACUUUGGUUUUCACCACCAAAAAGACCUCACUGGCAAGAAAAUCCCCCCGAGAUCACUAGGAUUACCGUUAUCCUUCUCGAAAAGAAGGAGGCGACAGCAGCGGAGCGACAUGGGUCCAUGACAGUUGAAUAAAUGCGCUUGGGUUCGCUUCCAACGCGCGCUUGGUGUUUCGAUCGUGUCUGUCUAAUGCUUGGUGUUUUUCUGUCAUCGUGUUGCUGGUCCUUGCGACCGUGUUGGCCACUAUAUUUCUCAUUUUGGUUGGUUUGCUUGUGGGUGAGACUGAUAGCUUGCUUGAGGCAGCAGAUAUGAUGUGCCUGUCAUACGUUUGAUGUAAUGUUAAUAAGAGGAUUUUCGCUUCCUCAGGUAUGGUUUCCUUGUCGCAGCAUUCUGCCGGGACUUCUUCUAGCGCAAGGAAGAUGCUAGGAGAUACAGAUAUAUAAGUCGCUUUGUCGAUAACGAGCCUUUUUUUAGCAAAUUUGGGUUGAGAAGGAUUUGUACAAGAACGAAUGUUGCACGGAAGGCCCGGUAACUCGGCAAAACUUCCCCCCGUUGAAUAGUCAACAGUCAACACAGUUUAUAAACGGAAUGAGAUCUUUCGGACCUUGCGGUGGAAUUGGUCGAGCCCACCACAAAUCUCCCGCGCAUGCAGGAUACGUGUCAGAACCUCACCCUCCCUCACGCCCUUCUUAAACCCACCUCUGGGGCCAACCAGCCUCAUCUCACUCACACCACUGUGCUAAAUCAGAAAGCAACGAAGAAAGGAGAGAAGAGAUAGCCGUUUAAGAUGGUGAGUACCAUGGGAGCUCGUGCGGCAUCGGCAAUCCUUGCACUGUUGCUGCUCUCCUCCUGGUCUCUGAUGGCCGUGAUGGCAUACCAAGGGAGAUCAGGAAUGGAAGGGAGAGGGAAAAGGGACGAAGAAGAGGCGCCCGGAUCCCCAGAAGGCAGGGGCCUCUUCAUACUGAGCAGGUCUAAGAAGGUGUUGAAGACUGAUUCUGGUGAGGUCCGGCUGGUGAUGGGAUACCGGUAUAGGGGCAACCCCAGCCCCAUGCACAUUGGCUUCAUCACCAUGGAGCCUAACACUCUCUACAUCCCCCAAUACAUUGAUGCCAGCCUCAUCCUGUUUGUACGCACAGGGGAGGCAAAAGUUGGAUACAUCCAUAAGAAUAAGUUGGUGGAGAAGCGGCUUAAAUCGGGCCACAUCAAUGCAAUUCCGGCCGGGUCGUCCUUCUACGUCGUUAACUCUGGCAAAAGCGAGAGAUUGCACAUCAUUUGUAGCAUCGACACUUUGGAGAGCAUCGAAUAUGGCGCUUUCCCGCAGUCGUUCUACAUUGGUGGAGGAGUGCUCCCAAGGUCGGUGCUUUCUGGGUUUGAUGCCAGUACGCUCUCAGCUGCUCUCAAUGUCAGCUCUGAUCAAUUAGAAAUGAUCAUGAAGAGCCAGAGGGGUGGCCCUAUCAUUCGUCUUAAUAGCGAGGCGGCUGACCAACCUGACUAUUUGUCUUCCAUAAAGAAACUGCAAGAGAGAAUGACCCAAGAGGAAGAAAUCGAUUCCGAUGACGAUGAUGAAGCCAAACAAGAGGAAUUAGAUGAUCUAUGGACAUGGCGAUGCCUUCUCAACUCUCUACUUGGAAAGGGCGACUGCAGGGUGCAGAGAAAGCGCGGGUUGGUCCACUCACCAGAAUCAUACAACCUCUAUGAUACAAAGCCGAGCUAUCAGAACGACUAUGGGUAUAGCAUUGCCAUUGAUAAGCACGACUAUUCCGCUCUAAGGCACUCCAACCUAGGGGUCUAUCUCGUCAACCUCGAAGCGGGAGCGAUGCUAUCGCCGCAUGUUAACCCAACUGCGACAGAGUAUGGCAUCGUACUCCGUGGAUCAGGAACUAUUCAGGUUGCGUUUCCCAACGGUACAGCCGCCAUGAAUGCUGAGGUUUCAGAAGGGGAUGUCUUCUGGAUCCCUCGUUAUUUCCCCUUCUGCCAGAUUGCAUCCAAUGGAGCACCGCUUGAGUUCUUUGGCUUCACAACAUCAGCGAGAAAGAAUAGGCCGCAGUUCCUCGUGGGGGCGAGCUCGCUGCUGCACAGCAUGAGGGGUCCGGAGCUUGCGGCGGCAUUCGGGGUGAGCGAGGAGCAGCUGGAGAGGCUCGUCAAAGCGCAGCGGGAGGCGGUCAUACUUCCGACUUCGCCUCAUCGAGGAAUGGAGGAAAAUGGGAAGGAGAAGCGGAAGGCGGAUCAGGUGUUGGUGAUGAAGAGGGGGCUCUUUGCAUGAGCUUAAUUACUACCAUUAGCUCUCUUUUGGAAUUUUUUUGUUUUUCUUUCGUUGGUUAUUGGUUUUAAUUAGUUUUCUACGUUCAUCAUUAGUGUCUUGUUGACAGGUUUUGUUAUUUUGACAAAGCUUGUUGAAUCCCAUAAAUUAUCGAAAAAUGACGUUCCAUCUUUUGCUAGUCUAAA